AUGACCCGAGAUGGGAUGCUAUUACCCUUGUUGUUUGGCAAGUGGGAGGAAUUUUUUGAACUUUCUUCUUCGGUGUAUGAUGUGGCCUCUGGCGCUCGUUCUAGAGAGGCGUGUCUUUAUUAUGACGAGGAGGCCCGGCCUAUGAGUGGACAUGCCGUACUGCUUAGCUCACAUGUAAUUCUUACCGAAUCUUUGGGGGGGAAAGUGUUGUUCUGGGUGGAGUUUGCGUCUGUGAGAGGGAUGCGUUGCACGGAGCGGCUGCUUCUGCCCGGGAAAUCUUUUGGCUGCCCGACAAGUGAGAAUGAGCCUCCAAACUUUGAGGAUGAGAGCCCCGGGACCGCAACGGUGGCACAGAAGAUUGUUUCGUUGGAUAUUUUUGUUGAGGGUGCCGCUGUCUCGCUGAGAAUGAAGGGGUCGGAGGGGGAGCAGUUUGCUCGCGCCGCACUGAUUCUUUGGCGGAUGAAUCACGGCGAGAUGGAGGCGGUGACGGCACCCUUGUAUUAUCCUGGCGAUGCCGUUUAUGCAUUGGCAGGGGCGCCUGUUCGUUUGUCUGCAACAGUUGUGCAAUGCGUGACUGUUGAAAAGAGCUGCCCGUUUGCAAGCGGAGAGGCGGUGGAUAUCGUCAUGCUGAAUGAGAGGGAAAUAUGCAUCGCACGGCGACCACGGACGGCGGUCACUCUUUGGCGCGACUUAAACCUAAGUGGUUCGGAGGAAAUGGAGCUGCUGCCAGUUGACAGUUUGUCUGCGUUGGUGGCCCCAUGGGGCAACACUGUGAGGCUUGUGGGGCGCCGGGGCGAUGUGUGGCUGCUCGAGACCUCUGACCCCGCCACCGACGUCACCGUGCGUUACGCAUUGCAGCGGCUCACCGAGUUGUUUCUGUUGGGAAUGUUGCGUUCGCAACGGUUCUGCGCCGUCACCGCUGAGCCUUGCCGCGGACUCCGGUACUUUGAUCUCACCGCGUUGUACCACCAGUAUUGUGCAAUGGAUGCGGAGGGGGCCGGCUAUAUUCUCUGCUCCUCUCUGGAGGCGGCCAUGGGACCACUUCUCGCGUGCGACUCGCGACUGGUUCAGGCGAUGCGCUGCGAUGACGUUGGUGAUGCGGGGGCGGACGCCAGCGGCAAGGUGAGUCUGCCCAUGUACCUGAAUCACAUGCGGGUUAUGCUUCAAGGGAGCGUCUCGGAGCGGGCCGAAAUUGCCUUCCGGUCCUUUGGGGGUGGCAUGUGCCGUGAUGCAACGAUGGACCCGACAGAAAGGAAUGGAGAAGGGGAAGGGAAGACACAAGAACGAGGCCUCGUUCGUUUGACGGACUUUAAACUCAUCGCACGUGACAUUCUUUUUGGCCUGUCCUACAAGUCUUCAAUCGACGAUGAAUCCGUCAAAGACACCGUCGACAACAUCGUGGAGGCGGUCUAUGGCAACUGCAACAAGAUAGUCGAAACGAUGUCAUUCCCAGAUUUCCUGCAGGCGUACACUCUUCUUAUGGAAUUGCCAGGACAGGAUAAAAUGAAGGGGUGCAAUAUGCCACACGUGUGCGGCACGCCGCAUCCGCUUCUAGGUUUUGGCUCAGCACAUUGGGUGCUACUCACGUACGUCAUGACGGGAGUGGAAUUAUCGGUUCGUGCCGCAGCGGAGGCAUCGGAAUGCGGUGAGAAGAACACAUUUGAACUUACAAAAGGGACACCAACCAUCGCUGGUGUCAGUUUCGUCUCAAACUCCAGCCCCACUGGUGGAGCACCGAGCUUUUUCCGCAAGCACAUCUCCUCUUUCCAGAGUGACCGCGUGGCGUUCACAGACUACAGACCACUUCUUUUCGCUUCCGUUCGAAUGCGUCUUGGAAUUCAUGUAGACACGUUCUUGGAUGCUUUAGGCAUCAGUGCGCUGCGUGCCCGCCUGCUAUUGGGGCACUUUUGCGCCCCUAGAUUCCUUAGAAGCAGCGGCCGCAGUGGGGCUUUGCUGCUCAGAAGUCAUGAUGAUCGCUUUAUCCUGAAGCGUGUCACAAUCACCGAGUCUCGAACUCUGCGCAGCCUGCUCCCCGUGUACGUUGACCACCUUGACCGUUACCCCCACUCCCUCCUGCCGCGGUACGCUGGUCUUUACGCGUUGUGGAGGGGAAGUGAAAAGAACUCCUUUGUCGUCACCGAAAAUGUCUUCGCAUUUGCCCAAUUCUCCAUCACAGAGGUGUACGACCUCAAAGGCUCCACCACGCACCGCACCACCACCGCAGAGGAUCGCAGGCAUGGCGCUGCAGGAAAAGACAACGACUUUUUGGCAAGCAAAAAACGUCUUCGUGUCUCCUCGGAGGCACGGAAGGCGCUGCUGGCACAGUUGGAGGUGGAUACACAACUGCUGGAGCGGGCAAACAGACUCGACUACAGCCUUCUUGUGGGUAUACACAGUGGCAAAGGAGACUGGGCGUCGUCAAAGGAAGCAGUGGAGCUUUCAUUACGCCAACGGCGACGGAUGGCAGAUCUGGUUGCUACUAUUGACGCGCAGCCAGAACGGGUGUCGACGGAUGAAUUCAAAGAGAAUAAAAAGAGUGACAAUGUGUUCCACGCGUACUAUGGCGGUGUGUCGUCCUUUGACGGGUCCGAGGUGUAUUACUUGGGCAUUGUGGACUGCCUCACAACCUAUGGCCUAAAGAAGGUCGGCGAGCACUACGGCAAGUCGGUGCUCCUGCAGGAUAUGAAAGAAAUCAGUUGUGUUCCGCCGCCGGACUACCGUUCACGAUUUAUGAACUUUAUGCGUUCGAUUAUUGAUGAUUGA